AUGCUCAAAGAAAAGCGAGCACGUUCCAGAUAUGGGACGUACAAGCACAAGCGGCUUUGUCACAAGCGUAGUGAGAUUCGCCUGAUCAGACUGAAGGCUGCAAAAGCGAUACGAGAUGUGGUUCACUGCGAUGUUUUCCUGGUGCCCCUUGAGCAUGCCCCUAGGUUUGAAGCGAUCUCUUAUGCUUGGGGUAAUACUUCCGAUCUAAGGCCGAUUGGCAUCAAUGGAGACAAGCAUAUGCUGGUUUCUAAAUCGCUAGAAUCCGCAUUGAGGUACCUCCGUUAUCAGGGCAAGGAACGGCUUUUGUGGGCAGAUGCAAUUUGCAUCAACCAGAAGGAUAUCCCAGAAAAGAACAAAGCCGUUUCAAAGAUGCAUUCGGUCUACCAGCGUGCUGAACGUGCUAUUGUUUGGCUGGGGUCUUCAUCCCAUCCAUGGUCGUUUCAGCCAAUUCUUGAUGCUCUUGAAGAUGAAGAGAGCAAUGAGGACCUCUUCACAUGGAGAUGCCAGAUCUUGACCAAGCCACACCGACGUGCUCGAGCAAUCCAAGGUUUCGCCAAACUGCAAUGGUUCUUUCGCGGUUGGGUCGUACAGGAGACAUGCUUCGCGCGUGAGGUGAUAGGUCAAUACGGAAAACAUGCGAUACCCUGGCGACAAAUUGAGCAUAUGGUGGACCGACUAUCCAUUACUGCGAGCGGUACCAUGAGCGGGAUAAUGCGCCCUGAAGGGCGACUCAUCCUUAGGCUAAUGCGGGUUGUAUCUACCUUACGCAAUUUACGUGAGCAUCAUCACAAAAUGCAGCCAAUGGAUUUGGCACAUAUGAUGGCUUUCUCGAGAACACGGAUGACUUCGGAUCCUCGUGACAAGGUCUUUGCCUUCGUUAACCUUCUAUCGAAGAUCCCUUCUAGUUUGCAGCCAGACUAUAACAGAUCGACGCCAGGACUCUUUCGGGAAGUUUGUCGACUGCUUCUAGACGAGAUUGGCUUGAAACUGCUGGCUGAGUGUGAGGCACCUACUAACACCGGCCCUGGCAUUAGUCACUGUAGGAUGCUAUCCUGGGUACCUGAUUGGUCUUACACCAGGCAAUGUGAGCCUUUUCCAGGAGGCCUGUCCCUGACCCAUCUCGGCGAGAGCUACCGCGCAGGUUCAUAUGGGCCAGCAAGCUUUGUUUAUUCAGCGGAUUCUGCAAUUCUCCACCUCACAGGUUCCAUAUUCGCUACGGUAGUCUUUCUUGAGCCUGGGGGUCAAAACCAGUUGAGCGAUGGUGUCUUGCAGCACACGUUGUGGGAAAACGUGACCACAAGAUGUCAAGAGGCUGCAGCGGGCACACUUCUCAGCAGUUUCACCUCCUCUGGCUGCCCUGCCUUUACCAAUCACAUACUGAGAAUGGAGCAUCUGGAUAGAACCUUUGAAGGGGAGAAGACAGAUGACUUGGAAAGUUUCCAUCGAGCACGCUGGCCGCAAAACUUGCGGAGGGUGGACGGUCGAAGCAUUCUCUUGACCUCAAAAGGUCACCUGGGCUGGGCACCACCAGCAGCAGUCGUUGGCGAUUUCAUCGCUGUUUUUCCCGGGUGCCAUGUUCCUUUGGUUCUUAGAAGAGUACAUGUGGAGAGGUUCGUUGACGUGAAUCUUGUUGUUGAGCAUGACGCCUGCGGCUGUACUCAAGCCAUCUGUGGAGCUGAGGAAUCAGCUUUCUACCGCAUCAUAGGAGAGGCCUACGUUCAGGGCAUAAUGGAGGGUGAGGCACUGGCUAGCACUGAUGAGCUCAGCAAAGACAACAAACUAGAAGAGAUCGCAAUUGUGUGA